AUGAGAGUAUUGCUUUUAAAUAGAGUCCACCAAGCUGAACAAGCUUUGCAAGAUUGCCAUAAUCAUGGAGCUAUGCUAGAGUAUUGGCGUAGUCAUGAUGAAGAUAUUGAUAUUUUUAUUAGUCGAUUAUCGGCAUAUUUAGCUGGUAUAGAUGUGAAUCCAGUAGGCGGGCGAGAGAUAGAGCGUUUGGUAUUCUUCGGGGGUGUUUAUCUGGAUCAGCAUUAG